GUGGUUUAUACCGCCAUUGUGUAUCCCAUACAUCACUCCGCGGCCGUGAGCUCCGCUACGGAGCCCCUCAGCAAGAUUCCGUCUCACGAGUCACGCGCCUCCCUCUUGGGAGGCUCGUUCGAUCCUUCGUUUCGUCCAGAACCUACAGGGUUCCGCCCUCGAGAAGGUUAUGCCAAUCCUUCAGCACGUCCGAUUACUACGCGCAGAAUCUACCUUCCAAACACGCAAUGGACCUGGGCAUUCGCCAUCGUGACUUUUGUCCAGACCGUCGUCACACUCGGUCUAGAAAUGUAUGAGCCCGACCCCCAACUUCAAUUUUACAUUUUUGUAAAUUUCCAAACCCAAGAAGUCCCCAACGACAGUCCUUCCUCUAAAACCAUCCCAACUUUCUUGGCUCUAUACAGUUUCGGAUUUUUGUAUGAGUUGGUGCUGGUAUACGAUGCCCUUCGAAUGAAAAAUACCAUUCAGAUUAUCGGCCUGUGUAUGUGCAACGUUGGUCUUUUGAUCUAUGGAGCAGUACAAGUCAAUCAAAUCCGGACUGCAGUCACUGUUUUGUUCGAUAACAAAGCCAUCAAACCUGAGGUUUGGGCAGAGUCGGAACCUUUUCUCAUCGUUAUUCCCUGCAUUGUUGCCAUCGGAAGUAUUCUGAUAACCUUUGUGGCAUGGAAGUUGUAUGACGAGUUCGCGUGGACAAUCUACAAACAUAUCAGUGCCGAUCUGCGCAUGAAACGCCGGUAUCUGACGUACCAGAUUUACAUCGCUCUUUUGAAGUUCGAUUUCUUCUUCUUCCUUGGCUUCACCGUGCAGUUCCUAGUCGUGGUUUCGGACACACAUAAUGCCGAGUUCUAUCUCACAAUCAUUGCUGUCCCAGUGACAAUCAUUAUCCUCGCCCUUGCUGCCUGGUUUGUUCGACGCGAGACCACCGUUGGGAUGAUCGUCAUCAUUCUUCUGCUCUUCGCUGCAAUGGCUUAUUUCUGCUUCAAGCUAUUCCGUAUGUAUGCGCCAGCGACUUUCCCGCAAUACUUACCCGCUCGACCCUCAAUGACCUUCUUCGCUAUCAUCACUCUUGCUUUGAUCGUCACCACCAUUAUCAACGCCUGCAUGUGUGCAAACAACUUCAGCCGCGGAUUGAAGCCACAUAUCAAUAGCAGGAAGAAGUCGAAAGCAGAGGAGAAAAACACCGAGCUUCAAUCCAACCUCGGCUUGUCACCAGUACCAUCUCGAAUGAUGAUCGACUAA